AUGCACUUGGUUGCUGGAUUGGCUGGAAUGUCAAAAUUGAGCUGUCAUCGAUGUCAGAAACAAGUUUAUCCAACUGAUAAGGUUGGUCCAUUGAAAGACUCGACAUAUUUCCACAACGGAUGCUUCAAAUGUUAUAUUUGUGGAACAAGACUUGCGUUGAAGACGUAUUGCAAUAAUAGAAAUAAUAUUGAUGAUAAGGAAGUGUACUGCUCAAAUCAUGAAGUGUACUGCUCAAAUCAUGUGCCAAUCGCUAGUCCACACGAUUUGCCGGUUGAGAAGAAAAUGAAUGGGAAUGAGAAAGAAAAAGGAGGAGUGCAACUAUUUCAUCGUGAUGCUGGCAUAAAUGAUAUGAAAAUCGCUCACGCAAUCAAGGCAACUCAAGUCGCGAAACCGUAUCCGAAAAUCGUGCAUGAAGGAGCAAAAUAUGUUGUGGAUUACGACGAUCAAACACGUCUCGAAUUGAUACAUCGUGAUCAAGAAGAUGAACUCUAUCGAGAAUUUGAUGAUAAUAGAGUGAAAGAAAAAGAACAAUUCGAAAGAGAAACGAGGGAAGAAUGGGAACAAGCAUUGGCUGAAUUUGCAAAAAAAUUCGAGAAAGGACAGGCGAAUAAAGUGGCGAAAGAUGAUCUCAUUCGACAAUUGACUAUCAAAAGAGAUAAAAAAUUGGAAACAAUCACACAAAGGAGAAGAGAGCGUGAACGUCACAAAACAGCCGAAUUGGUGGAUGCGCAAGCAAGGGAAAUGUUGGAACUCUUUAAAAUGAGUCGCUUGCAAAAUGGUGAUUCCGAGAACGAUCCCUCAUUGCCCGCUUAUCCAGCCACUCCACCACCACCCGCUCCUCCAUCUUGUCCCAAAAAGAUGGUCUACACAUCAACUGAUGUUUUUGAAUCGAUCGAUCAAGUUGCCAUUGAUAUUGCCCAUUCGGAGUUCACCUCAUUCACCGAAUUAAUCCGAAUUCUCACCUAUAAUGCCACUUGUGAUGUGGAUAAAGCUAGAGCAAUCUAUCGAUGGAUUACAAUCAAAAAUCUGAAUACGAUGACUUUUGAAGAGGGUUUGGACAGUGAUUCGCCGAUGGGUUUAUUGAGGGGAAUCAAAUAUGGAACCGAGAGUUAUCAUGUUUUAUUCAAAAGACUUUGCAGUUAUGCCGGUUUACACAGUGUUGUCAUAAAGGGUUUCUCGAAGAGUGCUGGGUAUCAACCGGGAUUGAAAUUCGAUGAGCGAAGUUAUCGCUUCAGAAACACAUGGAAUGCUGCGUAUUUGGAUGGAAAUUGGCGAUUUGUUCAGUGUAAUUGGGGAGCAAGACAUCUUGUGAAUGCAAAAGAAGGAGAAUUGAGCGGAAAAGGAAAUGACGGAAAUCUCCGCUACGAAUACGAUGAUCACUAUUUUAUGACUGAUCCUGAGGAAUUCAUCUACGAAUUUUUCCCUUCCGAUCCAUCAUGGCAACUCCUCCCUCGUCCAUUGUCGUUGUCACAAUUUGAACGAAUCCCAUUUGUCCGCUCGCUUUUCUUCAAAUAUGGUUUAUCUUUCACUGAUGAUACAUUGGAAAGUGUUAUUUAUACCGAUCGAACUGGUGCAGCUUCGGUGUCGAUUCGUUUACCCGAUAUCGGAGCUGAGGACUUGAUAUUUCACUAUAAUCUCAAAUUUUAUGACUCAGAGGACACAUCAAUGAAUGGUCUUUCAUUGAAACGAUUCGUCAUGCAAUCGGUCGGAGAUCGGGUUGUCUCAUUUCGUGUGCACGCUCCCGCACCUCGUCCCCUGCUAUUAGACAUUUUUGCGAAUUCUGUAUCUUCAGGUCAUUAUCUCACUGGUCAACCAAUCAAAUUCAAAAGUGUCUGCAAGUUUAAAAUAAUGUGUGAAGAAUUAUCGGUGAUAAUGGUGCCCUUGCCUGAAUGUGCAAGUGGAGAGUGGGGACCGGCAAAGGCAAGACGUCUUUUUGGUCUUGACGCCAUUUCCCAUCCCGAACCGAUCAUCAACACGAAUCGAACUGCUGAAAUUCGAUUCAAAAUGAGCCGUCCAUUGACCGAAUUCGUCGCUUCUCUGCACCGUAAUCGAACCGAUGACCGCAGUCUUGCGCCUUGUACUCGAUGCUCGAUUCGUGGGGAUUUCGUGCAAAUUUUUGUCGAUUUCCCCGAAGAUGGACAAUAUGGAUUGGAUAUUUAUACAAGGCAAAACGACGGUUCUCCCGGCUCUCGCCAACUUCUGACCCAUUGCUGCAAAUACUUGAUUCAUUCAAGAGUCAAC